GGACAGUGCGGUGGCACAGGGCACACGUGGCUCACCCUCCUGCCUGCUCCAGCCACUCUUCUGUCCCUCCUCGGCUCCCAGCGGCUCACGGAGCUAGAGGGACUCGUGCCGUGCCGUGCCGUGCCAGUGGCCGGGCAAAGGUCCUGCUGUGACCUCUGUCCCCAGCCCCACCCCGCGCCCCGCCAUGGAGCUGUUGGGGGCUCUGAGCCCCCCGUGGUGGCUCCUGCCGCUCCCGCUGCUGGCCCUGCUGCUCCGGGCCACGCGCAGAAACCCCUGGGACCCCCGCAAGUGUCCCACUGACCUGACGGGCAAGACAGUGAUUGUCACCGGAGCCAACAGCGGCAUCGGCAAGUGCGUGGCCAUGGAGCUGGCGCGCCGCAACGCCCGCACCAUCCUGGCAUGCCGGAGCCGGGAGCGGGGCCAGGCGGCCGUGCAGGAGAUCCGGGCGGCCACCGGGAACCCGGCGGUGCUGCUGCGGCUGCUGGACACCGGCUCGCUGGCCUCGGUGCGCGCCUUCGCCGCCGCCGUGCUGCGGGAGGAGCCGCGCCUGGACGUGCUGGUCAACAACGCCGGCGUCACCGGGCUGCCCUUCACCAUCACAUCAGAGGGCUUGGAGCAAACCUUUGCCACCAACUACCUGGGCCCGUUCCUGCUCACCAACCUGCUCCUGGACCUCCUGAAGACCUCGGCGCCCGCCCGGGUGGUGAACGUGUCGUCGUUCCGGCACAGCGUGGGCACGGCCGACAGCGGGUACCUGACGGGGCAGCGGUGCCCGGGCGGCUACGACGCCGCCUACAACAGCACCAAGCUGAUGAACGUGCUCUUUACCGCCGAGCUGGCACGGCGCCUGCAGGGCACAGGGGUGACGGCCAACGCGCUGAGCCCCGGCGUGGUGAGCACCAGCAUCAUGCGCCACUUCGGCUGGCCCGUGCGGGCGCUCUUCGUCCUCCUCCGUCCCUUCAUGAAGGUGAGCGGGGCCGGGUCCUGCCCAUCCUGGGGCCAGCAGGGUGGGAGGGGGGUGCCAGCCCCCUCCUCACCCCCGUUCCCCCGCAGUCGGCCGAGCAGGGCGCUGCCAGCACCAUCUUCUGCGCCAUCUCGGAGGAAGCCGCGGGCAUCACCGGCAAAUACUUCGACAGCAGCUGCCGGCUGGCGCUGCCCUCGGAGGCCGCCCGCGACGCCGCGCUGGCACGGAAGCUCUGGGAGGCAUCGGAGCGGCUGACGGGGCUCACGGAGCACGACUGAGCCACCGCGAUGUCACCCCUCGGCGCGGGAAUGGGGACACGGAUGCUCUGCUCCCCCUGUGCUGCCGAGGGGACGACACGGCGCCGGCCAGCUGUGACUGUGACACUUUUAUUAAAAAACCCGGCGCUA